AUGAAACGAGAUAGUGCAGGCAACAACCAGGAUGGUCCUCCAUCAAAAUUCCAGCGUUCCACUGUUGAUUUGACAAAUGUUGCCAUCAGAUUUCUCAUUCCUGGAAGAGCUGCAGGGAUUAUGAUCGGAAAGGGUGGGGAGAAUAUCAAAAAAAUCCGGUCACAGUAUAACGUCAAGCUGAAUAUUCCCGACAGCAGAGGCCCAGAACGGAUAAUGACUAUUGAAGGUGACCUGCAGGCUAUCUGCAGUAUUAUGCGAGAUGUUUGCCCAAAACUCAAGGACAUAAUGAAUGCCAAGCUUUCCGAUCCGAAACGCAUAAUGGGGGCACAGGGUAUCCGACGCCGUGGUCGGCGUAAUGAGGACCCUGAACGAGACGAAGAUGAGGAUGAGAACAUGAUCGACUUCAGAAUCUUGGUACACGAGAGUCAAGCAGGGUCUGUUAUUGGACGUGGUGGGGAACGUAUCAAGGACCUUCGUGAUAAAUACAAAAUGCGUGUUAUCAAGGUCUACCAAAUGCUGGCCCCCUUAUCAACUGAUCGAGUGGUGCAGAUGGUCGCGGAUCCCGACAAUGUUGUCCAGUGUCUGAGAGCUGUGAUCGAAGCAGUGGAGUCUGCUCCUCCUCGUGGUCGCCGUGAGGAUUAUGACGCUGCCAACUUCAGCGAAGGUGAUGCUCUCAACUAUGGAGGUUGGUUGUCUCGAGAAGCCGCUGCAGCAUUAGCACAAGGAAUGCCACUCCGUGGCCCCGGAGGCAUGCCACCAAUGGGCUACAACAUGGGAGGUCCAUACAUGAUGGGUGGUGGCGACAUGGGUCCUAUGGGAGGCGGCAUGGGGCCCAUUGGAGGAGGAAUGGGACCAGGUGGUGGUAUGGGUCCUAUGGGCGGCGGUCCAGUUCACGGAGGUCGCGGGCGGGGCUCCCGCUCAGGAGGGGGAAUGAUGGGUGGAAAUGUGCCACCUCCACAGAGUCAGAGAGGGAUGAUGGGAUCGUCGGGUCCAGCCCCAGUACCUCCCCCAGGCGGUCGCAACAGCUCUAUGGGUCCCCCGGGCAGUUACGGCGGUGCCGCAGAUGGAGGCUAUGGUGGUCCCGGUGGAUAUGAUGGACCUGGUGGAUUUGACAACGGUGGAUACGGCGGUAUGGACCCUGUUGGACAGGGUGGUUUCGGUGGUCCUGGUUAUGGUGGAUCAGGCAACAUGUCUUCCAGUGGAUACGGCGGGUCAGGAUAUGGCGGUAGCGCACGUGGGGCUAGUGAUAUGCCUGGCGGUCAAAGCGCUCCUUCCCGUGGUGGCACCUAUGGUGGUUAUGGCGGUAUGGGCUCCGGAGAGCAUGUUGGAGGCAAAGCUAAUCAGUGGAUAAUGACUAUUGAAGGUGACCUGCAGGCUAUCUGCAGUAUUAUGCGAGAUGUUUGCCCAAAACUCAAGGACAUAAUGAAUGCCAAGCUUUCCGAUCCGAAACGCAUAAUGGGGGCACAGGGUAUCCGACGCCGUGGUCGGCGUAAUGAGGACCCUGAACGAGACGAAGAUGAGGAUGAGAACAUGAUCGACUUCAGAAUCUUGGUACACGAGAGUCAAGCAGGGUCUGUUAUUGGACGUGGUGGGGAACGUAUCAAGGACCUUCGUGAUAAAUACAAAAUGCGUGUUAUCAAGGUCUACCAAAUGCUGGCCCCCUUAUCAACUGAUCGAGUGGUGCAGAUGGUCGCGGAUCCCGACAAUGUUGUCCAGUGUCUGAGAGCUGUGAUCGAAGCAGUGGAGUCUGCUCCUCCUCGUGGUCGCCGUGAGGAUUAUGACGCUGCCAACUUCAGCGAAGGUGAUGCUCUCAACUAUGGAGGUUGGUUGUCUCGAGAAGCCGCUGCAGCAUUAGCACAAGGAAUGCCACUCCGUGGCCCCGGAGGCAUGCCACCAAUGGGCUACAACAUGGGAGGUCCAUACAUGAUGGGUGGUGGCGACAUGGGUCCUAUGGGAGGCGGCAUGGGGCCCAUUGGAGGAGGAAUGGGACCAGGUGGUGGUAUGGGUCCUAUGGGCGGCGGUCCAGUUCACGGAGGUCGCGGGCGGGGCUCCCGCUCAGGAGGGGGAAUGAUGGGUGGAAAUGUGCCACCUCCACAGAGUCAGAGAGGGAUGAUGGGAUCGUCGGGUCCAGCCCCAGUACCUCCCCCAGGCGGUCGCAACAGCUCUAUGGGUCCCCCGGGCAGUUACGGCGGUGCCGCAGAUGGAGGCUAUGGUGGUCCCGGUGGAUAUGAUGGACCUGGUGGAUUUGACAACGGUGGAUACGGCGGUAUGGACCCUGUUGGACAGGGUGGUUUCGGUGGUCCUGGUUAUGGUGGAUCAGGCAACAUGUCUUCCAGUGGAUACGGCGGGUCAGGAUAUGGCGGUAGCGCACGUGGGGCUAGUGAUAUGCCUGGCGGUCAAAGCGCUCCUUCCCGUGGUGGCACCUAUGGUGGUUAUGGCGGUAUGGGCUCCGGAGAGCAUGUUGGAGGCAAAGCUAAUCAGUGGAUAAUGACUAUUGAAGGUGACCUGCAGGCUAUCUGCAGUAUUAUGCGAGAUGUUUGCCCAAAACUCAAGGACAUAAUGAAUGCCAAGCUUUCCGAUCCGAAACGCAUAAUGGGGGCACAGGGUAUCCGACGCCGUGGUCGGCGUAAUGAGGACCCUGAACGAGACGAAGAUGAGGAUGAGAACAUGAUCGACUUCAGAAUCUUGGUACACGAGAGUCAAGCAGGGUCUGUUAUUGGACGUGGUGGGGAACGUAUCAAGGACCUUCGUGAUAAAUACAAAAUGCGUGUUAUCAAGGUCUACCAAAUGCUGGCCCCCUUAUCAACUGAUCGAGUGGUGCAGAUGGUCGCGGAUCCCGACAAUGUUGUCCAGUGUCUGAGAGCUGUGAUCGAAGCAGUGGAGUCUGCUCCUCCUCGUGGUCGCCGUGAGGAUUAUGACGCUGCCAACUUCAGCGAAGGUGAUGCUCUCAACUAUGGAGGUUGGUUGUCUCGAGAAGCCGCUGCAGCAUUAGCACAAGGAAUGCCACUCCGUGGCCCCGGAGGCAUGCCACCAAUGGGCUACAACAUGGGAGGUCCAUACAUGAUGGGUGGUGGCGACAUGGGUCCUAUGGGAGGCGGCAUGGGGCCCAUUGGAGGAGGAAUGGGACCAGGUGGUGGUAUGGGUCCUAUGGGCGGCGGUCCAGUUCACGGAGGUCGCGGGCGGGGCUCCCGCUCAGGAGGGGGAAUGAUGGGUGGAAAUGUGCCACCUCCACAGAGUCAGAGAGGGAUGAUGGGAUCGUCGGGUCCAGCCCCAGUACCUCCCCCAGGCGGUCGCAACAGCUCUAUGGGUCCCCCGGGCAGUUACGGCGGUGCCGCAGAUGGAGGCUAUGGUGGUCCCGGUGGAUAUGAUGGACCUGGUGGAUUUGACAACGGUGGAUACGGCGGUAUGGACCCUGUUGGACAGGGUGGUUUCGGUGGUCCUGGUUAUGGUGGAUCAGGCAACAUGUCUUCCAGUGGAUACGGCGGGUCAGGAUAUGGCGGUAGCGCACGUGGGGCUAGUGAUAUGCCUGGCGGUCAAAGCGCUCCUUCCCGUGGUGGCACCUAUGGUGGUUAUGGCGGUAUGGGCUCCGGAGAGCAUGUUGGAGGCAAAGCUAAUCAGUGGAUAAUGACUAUUGAAGGUGACCUGCAGGCUAUCUGCAGUAUUAUGCGAGAUGUUUGCCCAAAACUCAAGGACAUAAUGAAUGCCAAGCUUUCCGAUCCGAAACGCAUAAUGGGGGCACAGGGUAUCCGACGCCGUGGUCGGCGUAAUGAGGACCCUGAACGAGACGAAGAUGAGGAUGAGAACAUGAUCGACUUCAGAAUCUUGGUACACGAGAGUCAAGCAGGGUCUGUUAUUGGACGUGGUGGGGAACGUAUCAAGGACCUUCGUGAUAAAUACAAAAUGCGUGUUAUCAAGGUCUACCAAAUGCUGGCCCCCUUAUCAACUGAUCGAGUGGUGCAGAUGGUCGCGGAUCCCGACAAUGUUGUCCAGUGUCUGAGAGCUGUGAUCGAAGCAGUGGAGGAGAUCAAUCACAACCCUACUGACACAAUGGUAACAUCUCUGACUGCAGCAUCAAAUGAUGAACAUUCAAAGCUUGAAGAGGAUAUCACUUUCCUUGAGGUUAUAGAUACACCUUCCUGAUGAAUAUCAACAAACAAGAAAACUAAGUUCAGGACUUUUUACCCAUUCCCUUCAUCUAACUAACAGCUACCCCUUCAGUCUGAAAAUCGAUACGGAUGAAACAAGUUACAUUACUGCCUAGCAGAACAAAUGAUCAUACAACACAUUUUGUUAUCAGCAACUACAU